GCCUGCAACUACGCCGGGCAGCGGGCGCGAGAGAGCGAGUCGCUCCGCAGCCCCGGCCGCCCCUGCCCAGCCCGGAGUGUCCCGGGGAGCCGGGCGGGGGACACGGCUCGGGGGCGGGGAUCCCGCAGCAGCGCUCGGCUGGCGGCGCGUACCAGGUCUUUGCAGAAAAAGAGAACAGAAAAGAGCACAUCUGUCACAUUCAGAAGAGGAAGCAAAAUGAGGCUGAUCGCCUAACGAGAAAGCUCCGCUUCAUUGUUCCCAGUAUCAGUAAACGGGGAAGUGAGAAGGCAUGCUUUUGGAACCCUUAUAACCAAAGUUCACUUACAACCAAAGACUAUACAUGUGAAGAAAGAGCACAAAUGAAACAGGUACAAGGAAUAUACCUGGAUUGAUAUCAGAUUGAACACUUCUAAACUGAAGGAAAUAUUAUGAAGACCUCUUUUUCUGAUAUAUUUUUUUAACAAAAAUGUCACUCUGAUACCAUUAUGCUCCGAUACAGACAGUAGUUGUCUUAUUUUGCAAUUCUCUGUUCCAUAUGUGAUGAUAAUGUAAUAACAGUAGUACCAGUCUUGGAGGUAAGACUAGGUACUUCUUUGCCCUUGAGUGGACAUGAGCGAUCAAAGGUCUUCACAAGAAGAUAAGCACAAACCCAGCCGAACGUCCUCAAAGUUCAAGGAGUCUUCAAAAAGUAUGCAGUCCGAUGACUACUUUGCUAGAAAAUUUAAAGCUUUAAAUGGUAACGUGGGUCCUCCUGCUUCUUUAAAUACAUCUAGCAAAAAUGAAAGUAAUCAAACUAAUGGUACACCAGCUAUGCCUAAAAUGGGUGUCCGAGCGAGGGUAUCUGAAUGGCCUCCUAAAAAGGAUUGCUCUAAGGAACUAAGUAAAGCAGUAUGGGAAAGUAGACCUCAAACCAGUUAUGAGAGUGUUGGAUCAGUAAUUCCAAAUGGACAAAAUGACCAAAGUGAUGGGCAACAAGAACAGCAGUUGGAUUUGGAAUUUGAAGAGACCAAAUAUACAAUAGGAGAUCUCUUUGUCCAUUCGCCCCAGAGGGGACUUCAUCCCAUAAGACAAAGAAGCAACAGUGAUGUCACCAUUAGUGAUAUUGAUGCUGAAGAUGUGUUGGACCAGAAUGCUGUUAACCCAAAUACGGGAGCAGCUCUUCAUAGAGAAUAUGGAAGUACUUCUUCAAUUGACAGGCAAGGUUUAUCUGGUGAGAAUUUUUUUGCAAUGCUCAGAGGAUAUCGAGUGGAAAACUUUGAACAUAAAACUCUUGCUCCAUUUGGAUUUCCCGAGUUUUUCCGCUGUGACCCUACAAUUUCUCCAAGUCUUCAUGCUGCCACACAGAUUUCCAGGGGAGAAUUUGUCAGGAUUUCUGGAUUGGAUUAUAUGGAUAGUGCCCUGCUUAUUGGUAGAGACAGGGACAAAUCUUUCAAAUGGAGACUGAAAUCAGAAGCAGUAGAAACAUCUCUGUUUAGAAAACUGAGAACUGUUAAAAGCGAGCAUGAAACUUUCAAAUUUUCCUCAGAACUGGAUGAUGGUAGAUUUGAGAGAAACAUUCGUCCUUGGAACUGUCAAAAAUGUUUUGCACAUUAUGAUGUUCAGAGCAUUUUAUUUAACAUAAAUGAAGCAAUGGCUACCAGGGUUAAUGUGGGAAAAAGAAAAAAUAUAACCACUGGGGCUUCAGCCGCAUCACAAACUCAGAUGACAGCAGGCCAGAUUGGAAACUGUGAAUCUCCUUUGGGAAGUAAAGAGGACCUCAAUUCAAAAGAAAACCUAGAUGCUGAUGAGGGUGAUGGGAAAAGCAAUGACUUAAUCCUGAGUUGCCCUUACUUCAGGAAUGAAACUGGUGGAGAAGGAGAUAGGAGGAUUGCACUUUCCAGGGCAAACUCUGCAUCUUUUGCUUCAGGUGAAAGUUGUUCCUUUGAAUCCUCUCUAAGUUCCCACUGCACGAAUGCUGGUGUUUCUGUACUGGAGGUGCCAAGAGAGAAUCAGUCAAUUCACCGGGAGAAAGUUAAACGUUAUAUUAUAGAACACAUUGAUCUUGGAGCGUAUUAUUACCGAAAGUUCUUCUAUGGAAAAGAGCAUCAGAACUACUUUGGAAUUGAUGAAAAUCUAGGUCCUGUUGCAGUCAGCAUCAGGAGAGAGAAGGUUGAAGAUGCUAAGGAGAGAGAAGGAUCUCAAUUCAACUAUCGUAUAGCAUUCAGGACAAGUGAGCUUACUACAUUGAGAGGAGCAAUAUUAGAAGAUGCCAUACCAUCUACUGCGAGACAUGGCACAGCACGAGGCCUGCCUCUCAAAGAGGUACUGGAAUAUGUAAUACCAGAGCUGAGCAUUCAGUGCCUGAGGCAGGCUUCCAGCUCACCCAAAGUCUCUGAACAGCUGCUUAAACUGGAUGAACAAGGGCUGAGUUUUCAGCACAAGAUUGGGGUCCUUUAUUGCAAAGCGGGCCAAAGCACAGAGGAAGAGAUGUAUAACAAUGAGACAGCAGGGCCGGCUUUUGAAGAGUUCCUUGAUCUUCUGGGCCAGAGAGUACGGCUAAAAGGGUUUAGUAAAUACAGAGCUCAGCUAGACAAUAAAACUGAUUCAACAGGAACUCAUUCCCUCUAUACCACCUAUAAAGAUUAUGAAUUAAUGUUUCAUGUAUCAACUAUGCUGCCAUACAUGCCCAGUAAUAGGCAACAGGACUUAACUACGCCCUGCUUGGUCACUGAUCAGGACAUCCCUCUAGUUUUAGAGCCAGCAGGAGAUCCAAAGAGCAAGCUUCUAAGGAAAAGGCACAUAGGAAAUGAUAUUGUUACCAUUGUCUUCCAAGAACCUGGAGCACUUCCUUUUACUCCAAAAAAUAUCCGAUCUCAUUUUCAACAUGUGUUUGUCAUAGUCAAAGUGCAUAAUCCUUGCACUGAAAAUGUGUGCUAUAGUGUUGGAGUUUCAAGAUCAAAAGAUGUACCUCCGUUUGGUCCACCAAUCCCCAAAGGCGUAACUUUCCCAAAAUCAGCAGUCUUUAGGGACUUCCUUUUAGCCAAAGUUAUUAAUGCUGAAAAUGCAGCACACAAGUCAGAAAAAUUCCGAGCCAUGGCCACCAGGACACGACAAGAAUACUUGAAAGAUCUGGCAGAAAAUUUUGUUACUACAGCUACAGUGGAUACUUCAGUGAAGUUCAGUUUUAUUACUCUAGGUGCAAAGAAAAAGGAGAAAGUGAAACCAAGAAAGGAUGCUCAUUUAUUUAGUGUUGGAGCAAUUAUGUGGAAUGUGAUAGCACGGGACUUUGGCCAGUCUGCAGACAUUGAAUGUCUCCUUGGAAUUUCCAAUGAAUUUAUCAUGUUGAUUGAAAAGGAGUCCAAAAAUGUUGUGUUUAACUGCUCCUGCAGAGAUGUUAUUGGAUGGACAUCAGGAUUAAUGAGUAUCAAAAUCUUUUAUGAAAGAGGAGAAUGCAUUCUUCUGUCUGCAAUUGAUAAUUGUUCUGAUGACAUCAGAGAAGUUGUUCAAAGACUAGAGAUAGUCACCAGAGGAUGUGAAACAACGGAAAUGACCCUACGGAGGAAUGGGUUGGGCCAGCUUGGAUUCCACGUUAACUUCGAAGGAAUAGUAGCAGAUGUGGAGCCAUUUGGUUUUGCAUGGAAGGCCGGCCUAAGGCAAGGGAGCCGUCUAGUUGAGAUCUGUAAAGUGGCUGUGGCAACCUUGACUCAUGAACAAAUGAUUGACCUUUUACGCACGUCGGUGACAGUAAAGGUGGUGAUUAUUCAGCCACAUGAGGAUGGAUCACCUAGAAGGGGUUGUUCAGAACUAUGCCGAAUCCCCAUGGUGGAAUAUAAGCUCGACAGCGAAGGCACCCCAUGUGAGUAUAAAACUCCUUUCAGAAGGAAUACUACUUGGCAUCGGGUGCCGACUCCUGCUGGGCAGCCUCUUUCUCGCGCAUCUCCAAUCCUGGGAACAUCUGACAGACUGCAAUGCCAGCAGCUUCUUCAGCAGGCUCAGACAGCCAUUCCUCGCAGCACUUCCUUUGAUAGAAAGCUGCCAGAUGGUGCAAGAAGUUCACCGAGCAACCAGUCCUCCUCCAGUGACCCAGGACCCAGCGGGAGUAGCCAGUGGAGACAGCAAGUGGGAUAUGACGGGUGCCAAUCCCCUUUACUUCAUGAACACCAAGGUUCAGGUCCACUGGAGUGUGAAGGAGGCAGAGAACGAGAGGAAACUUUGGAAGGAACCAGAUAUGCUGAAACGAAGUGGCAUGCACCAUCCACCAAAGUCUUGAGUUCCUACAAAGACCGGGCUUUACCAAAAGAAGGCAAUGGCAAGGAUUCGCCAAGCAAACUUUCUCAUAUUGGAGACAAAAACUGUUCCAGUCACUCCAGCAGCAAUACCCUGUCCAGUAAUACAUCGAGCAAUAGUGAUGAAAAGCACUUUGGCUCCGGAGACCUGAUGGACCCUGAAUUGCUUGGAUUAACAUAUAUUAAAGGGGCUUCUACUGACAGUGGAAUUGAUACAGCCCCUUGUAUGCCUGCUCCUCUUAUGGCCCCUUUACACCUUGCUGGCAGCAGGUCUGGGGUACAUAGUCGGGCUGAGCAGUGGACUGAAUCUUCUGAAACUCCUGGGCAAGAUGAUGAACAAGCUAAAAUUUACGCUGCACAUAGCUAUGCUUCUGCCAUUUCUAGCAGUCAUACAGCUGAAGGUAGCAUGGGAGACCUCAGUGAAAUAUCCUCUCAUUCUAGUGGGUCUCACCACUCAGGAAGCCCAUCAGCACAUUGUUCUAAAAACAGUGGCUCUCUAGAUACCUCCAAAGUCUACAUAGUGUCACAGAAUAGUGGCCAACAGAUCUCUGGAUCUGUAUCAAAAUCACACCACAGACAAGGAGCAGUGAGCAAAUACGUCAUUGGUUGGAAAAAGUCAGAAGGCAGCCCUACACCUGAAGAAUCUGAAGACAGACUGUAUGGUGAGGAUGAUGCUAUGUCUGCAUCAAGUCAGCUUCAGACUUCUGUGAGGAGUGCAGUUACUGAAAGCCAGCAAGUCUUGUCCAAAGAAGAUUUUCUGAAGCUGAUGCUGCCAGAUAGUCUCACUAUGGAGGAGGGUAGAAGAAAGUUUUCAUUUUAUGGAAACCUAUCUCCAAGGAGGACGCUUUAUCGCACCCUUUCUGAUGAGAGCAUAUGUAGUAAUCGGAGAGGAUCUUCAUAUGCUAGCUCACGGAGUUCAAUGCUUGAUCAAGCCUUGCCAAACGAUAUUUUGUUCAGCACCACCCCACCAUAUCACAGCACUCUGCCUCCCAGAAUGAGUCUGGCUCUUGGAAUGGGAAAUCUAAGAAAUGAAUUCUGGUUCUCAGAUGGCUCUUUAUCUGAUAGAGCCAAAUUCAAUGAUCCUGGCCUGAUGCCCCUUCCAGACACUGCUGCAGAACUAGACUGGUCCAACCUGGUUGAUGCUGCACGAGCGUUUGAAGGUUUUGACUCUGAUGAAGAUCUUGGGCCGGUCUGUCAUCAUACAUCGUUUCUAGAUCAGAGAGUGGCAUCUUUUUGCACCCUGAAUGAUAUGCAGCAAGCUCCAGGUUUGGAGGGUACUCAAGAGUUACCUUUGGAUGAAGAGCCAACAAAUGGAAAAGAUUUCAUUGAUGCUACUGGGGAGCACACUCCAUCUACUCUGACUGGAAAAGUAAACCAGCUGGAAGUGAUCCUCCGGCAACUACAAACUGACCUCCGGAAGGAAAAACAAGACAAAGCUGUUCUCCAAGCUGAGGUCCAGCAUUUGAGACAAGAUAACAUGAGACUUCAGGAGGAGUCUCAAACAGCAGCCGCUCAACUAAGAAAAUUCACAGAAUGGUUUUUCAAUACCAUAGACAAGAAAUCCUAAUGUCUAGGCCCCUGGAAAGCACUAUUUGAACUGCGUAACAGCUGUAUUUUUGAAUUAGCGAAAUAUGAUUUCAUUGUGUUCACAAUCCAUUUUAGAUGUUUCUGCUGUAUUCUCUGUCCGCCUCUAUUCACUUGAACAAGACUGAGGGCCAUGUGGAUCUAUCUUUGUAUUCCUUUGAAGAAAGCAGAGAAUAGCAGACAUUUGUUUGUGUGAAGAUGAAUGUAAAAUUCUUGGUGUCAUUUUAGACAUUUUUAGAAGAUGCUCUGGGUUGGGGUUGCCUGAAGAGGAAUGUUUUGGGUUUUAUUUCCUGUAUUUCAGGUCCUCUGGUGAAGAUGUUUAAAGCAAUUUACAGUAGCUUGGGCUUCAGUAUUGUAAGAUAAAAAGAAUAAUCAGACAUAUACCUUAAUGUUUAAAAGGUGCUCUAUUUUUUGUAUGUACAGUAGUUUAUUUCCACAGUCACAUUGUCAUAGCAAUAAGAAUGGAGGUAUAGUGAAUAGUCACAAAGCUGUGUUUAUAAAACGUUAGCACUGAUGUGUUUAACACUAGUUUGGAUGCAGAUACAUUAGAGAUUAUUUAUUUGCAGGAACAAAUGGUGCCUGAAUAUAAACAGUGUUCUGAUUUUCUAAAGAUACACAUGCCUUGUAAAUGGCUCACUGGGUUAGCCCACUCCAACUUCAGAUAAUUUUGUAUAGUUGAUGUUCAGCUAAAACAGUUAUACUGCUUAACUAUUAAAAUCAUGUAUGGUGUGAGCCAGCCAAUCACUUGUACAAUGCCAAAUUCAUUUCUCUGUACAGAAGCUUUGAUCAAGUGUCUUGUAUUUAACACCUUUAUUUAAGCUUAUUUAACCUUCAGUUGUUAAUUUUAUAAAGUUUUUGUUUUAUCUGCACUAUGGUGAAGACAGUUGGUUGCGAGCUGUAAUAUUUUUAGCUUGCUGAGACUGUACUGAGGAAUUCUAGAAAAUUCUAAUGAUUGGAUGCUGCUAGUACACUAUUUGUAUGCUUUAACAUUUUUAACUGUUUCAUUUGAGAUGAACAUACAUUUUGCUUUUUUAAUAAACGUUAAAAAUAUAAACCUCAAAAAAUAUUUCAGUUUUUCAUCAUACAGCACACAUCCAAUUCCACUGUCCAUAGUUUAGGUUUCUGUUCAGUCCACUGUGAAUGUCAUGUGCAUA